UAUAAAUAUAACUCAAUUGUCAUUUGAACAAGUCACAAGUGGCUUUAUAAUGGGCAACAAAACCUCAAAACCAGACAAAGUUAUUAAGCAGGAAAAAUCGGAAGACGAUAAGCAUAAGGAUACGCACGUUAUUUUUCGCUUCAUCUAUUGGGCAAUUGUGUUCAUCGUGCUGGGCCUGCUCAUCACGGGCCUCUACUACACGCUCAAAUCAGAUUUUGGACAAUGCUCAUCGCAUGAUGUUAGAUGCUAUUGAUGGAGUUUUGCAUUACUACUUAUUCUUGCAAUGGACAAUAUUGUGCGAACUAAACGUCAACUAAGAAUCCACUAUAUUUACUGGUCCGUGAUCAUGUGCCUGUUUAUUUUAUUUGUAUUUAUGUUAUUUUAUUUUAUGGAGCAAAAACCCGUAUACUGCACAGACUAUGAAGUCGUUUGUGUGGAAGACGUAAGCCUUAUAUGUUUUGAAUAUUUAACUUCAUUUAUAAUUAUGUUUAAAUUCGCAGAAACAAUAAUUUUCAAAAUUUUUUACAUGCCUAAAGACAUGCUGCUUGGGACUGCCUGAGCCUUUUCUUAGUAAAUGAUCUUUUUCGAAACACAUUUAACAUUUGUCGCUUUUUGUGCAAGCUGCCUGAGAAGACUACGCCGCCAUUUGCAGACAAUAUGCUCGAUGUUUACAUAUAAUUAAGACAAUUUGCUGAUUGGCUGCCAAAAGUUGAGCACAUGCGUUAAGAACUUGCUUAAACAGACGCCAGUUCAAACUACUCGACUGUUCAAAAACAAAAACUGCCUGCUCCAUUAACAGGAAGUAUAUUCACAUGAUUUUCAACAAUUUCUCACAUGUACAGGCCGCUAGCACAGUGCCUGUUAGCAGUUGUCUGACAUCGAAUAAAAUAUGAAACCUGGUUUUUUCGUCUACCUUAGCAUAACAUAUAA